CUCAUGUUUCCCCUCCCCAUAGCUCACAAUCUUCUCUCUCUUUGGGAUUGUUCUUGAGAGAAGGGGAGAAGGAAUUGCAUGGGAAAUUGAUUAUUGGCUUUGAUUCUUCUUUCCCCCAACAAUAUUUCUAGUUCCUAGUCAGAUCUGGUGAAAUCGUGAAGAUGUAUACGGAAUCUGUCCAUUAUGUUAUCAAGAAACGACGGACGGUAGGUGUUCUAGCUGUAAUGUUGGCCAUUGUCCGGUGGCGUCGUCGACGUAGACAUUACAGUCUUAGAAUGUCUCGAAGAAAGUAUGGGCCAUUGGUUGAUAGAGAUCUGGAGAGGCAAAAAAAGUUGAAUGACCUGUACAAUUCAACCGAUAAAAAUUGCAUCAGUCAACUCCGGACGACGGGGUCGCUGCGCAGUGGGUUUGAUGAUGUGAACAAACAAGUAAUGCUCUCCCAAUCUACUCUAGAUGGCUUAUCGGCCAAUGAUCGUGGAAUUCUCUCUAAACCGAUUCAGUUCUACGACAAGUUGAAGGAAUUAUUUAGUGGCUCGUCGGCAGAUGGCUCUUUUAUGCAAGACCCUUUCUCUGCAGCUGAAACUGACAAUGAUGAUAAGGUAAAAGAUGACAUGAUGAAUGAUAUGUCCACCUUUGAUGAAGCCAAGGGUCCAACAGGUCAUGACUCGGAUAAAUUAGAUACAGAUAGUGAUGAUUGUGAAGCGGUGGCUGCUCUUGCUGCAACUGAUAGUCAAGUUUCCUCGUCCAAUGUUGCGGCUCUAAAGCCUAACAAGAAAAGUUUCAAAAAAAGUGCAAAGCCAAAUACUCUGCCACCACCACAAAAUGAUAAAGCUAAAAGGUCAAAGCCAAGAUCAUCUCAAGCAUCACAAGAUGACACUAAUAUGGAUGUGCUGCUCACAAGUACUUUGAUAGGCAUACGAGAAACUCUUGCAAGUCCAGUACAGACUGUAGCCCCAAAGGACCCAAAUGCUCCUUUAUGGGACAUGCUCAAGAAGAUUCCGUUGCCACCUGAUGAGAGGAUGUCGGUCGGGAUGCAUCUAUGCAAGCCAGAAUUUGCAGUCCAUCGAGGUUUUCUUGUCAGCAUGGGUCAAGAAUACCUGGAGCAUUGGGUGUAUACAUACUUAUCUGACAAUUAUCCUGCUGGCAAACGUGUCGGCGAUGAUCUUGUUGGUAACCUUGGAAACAAAGAUCCUGCUAGUAACCUUGGCGAUGAUCCUGCUGUUAACUCUAGCCCUUUCUGAGUAAGAUUGAUUGGUGGUCUACCAUAUUGUUGGAUCCUUUUGGUUGCAAAACACUAGUUUCUAAGUAGUUAAUGACUAGCUUUUGGCUAUGCACAACUGAUGUCUAAGUAAUGGCUAAUGGUGGUAUUAUUUUGCUACAGCCUUCUGCUUAGUUUCCAAGUAGUAUCAGCAUGCAUGAUAUGAUUAUUAGAUGCUAAUGUGAAAGCUGUGUUGCUUUCUGACUUGGAUAAGUUUCUAGGUAGUAUUAUGAUGAAUACAUAAUUAGACUUCUGGUUAUGUUAAUCCCACAAGGAUAAUUUGUGUAUCUCUUGCAUUCCAGAUGUGCUGGACAAUGAGUAUUAAUCGAAUGUAAUGCACUGUGGUUAUUCAA